UGUUUUUACCGAGCGUCAGUAAACGCAUCGCUUAAAUACUUUCUUUAGCGGUCUAUUUGGAUUUGCAGCAUCGUUAGCUCGGGAAUAUGGGAGACGAUUUGGGCGACGACUGGUGGAAGAACGAAGGUGCAUCUGAACCAGAGGAAGAAUCGGAGCAGGAGAAACAGCCCCGCAAAGAUGUAAAGACAAAACCAGAGAAGAGGAAGAUGAUGACAGAGAAAAACCCUAAAGCCAAGAAGAAGAAAACUAAUGACCAGAAAGAGCGAGUAAUUCCUCAAAAGAAAGAGAAGGAAGAUCAGCAAUCGUCUGAACCCAAAAGGAAGAGAAAGAGGAAAAAGAAAACCAUCUCGGACGUCUUGGCCACCUCGGAGCCGAAGCCGGGCAGUGCAGCUGACCUGCAGGAUCUGCUCACUCAAUACUUCUCAGACAAGCGCUCAGUGAUUGAGCUGGAGGAGCUCAAACUGCACAACUCCUGUUUCCUAUCCAGUAAUGACUUGACACACACACUCUCCUCUUAUCUGAAACAAGUUUGUCCCAAAUGGGCAAAGAUCCAAAAGCAGCAUACAGAAAAGAGUUCAGCUGUUAUACUGAUUGUCUGCAGCUCUGCGCUUCGAACUAUUGAUCUCAUUAAGCAGCUGACUGCUUUCAAGGGCGAGGCCAAAGCAUCGAAGCUUUUCGCGAAGCACAUCAAGAUAGAGGAGCAGGUUAAGCUGCUGCAGAAGGGCGUCACGCACAUCGGCGUGGGAACACCAGGCAGGAUCAGUGCUCUCAUUGACAAAGAGGGUUUGAACCUGAAGGCUUUAAGGUACCUGAUUGUUGACUGGAACUGGAGGGACCAGAAGCUCAGGCGGAUGGUGGACAUUCCUGAGAUCAAACUUGACUUCAUGAAGCUGCUGGAGAGCGGAGUCCUGGCUGCUUGUAGAGAAGACAAAGUCAAAAUUGGACUAUUUUAAUUGAACGUCUUUGUGACCUUCUCAGUUAUUUUAAAUGGACUAAAAUGGGUCUCAUUCUGCCUGUUUCCUGUUGCAUUUAUGGUUGUAAUCCACUGCUCUUUAACUCUUUUUUUUCUAUAUCGAGCCUGGAAGUCAAUUAAAAAUUGGAAAGUGUGGAAACAUUUUGAGUUUCCAUAUUUUGUCCGUUUUCAUUUUCAAAACCAUUAAAAGAAUCAGAAUUACCUAAAA